AUGGCGAGUUGCUCCUUCGCUCGCGACCAAGCGACAAGGAGACUGAGGGCUGCAGCAGCGGCAGCGGCGACAGCUCCAGCAGCGGUGGCGACCACCCCGCUUCCUUACUCGGGACCGCCGACCGCACUCAUUGGGACCGGGUCGUCUUGUCCGGGAGCCAUGUGGCUCUCCACGGCCACUGGCUCCCGGUCAGACUCGGAGUCCGAGGAGGAGGAGGACCUCCCCGUCGGGGACGAAGUCUGCAAACGCGGCUACCUGCGGAAGCAGAAGCAUGGGCACAAGCGUUACUUCGUGCUCAAACUCGAGACCGCCGACGCCCCAGCUCGGCUGGAAUACUACGAAAAUGCCAGGAAGUUCCGGCACAGUGUCCGCGCCGCGGCGGCUGCGGCGGCGGCGGCCGCCUCAGGCGCCGCGGUGCCCGCGCUCAUCCCCCCGCGGCGCGUGAUCAUCCUGUACCAGUGCUUCUCGGUGAGCCAGCGAGCCGAUGCAAGGUACCGGCACCUCAUUGCCCUGUUCACCCAGGACGAGUACUUCGCCAUGGUGGCCGAGAACGAGUCGGAGCAGGAAAGCUGGUACUUGCUGCUCAGCCGCCUCAUCCUCGAGAGCAAGCGCCGCCGCUGCGGCACGCUCGGCGCACCGGCCGACCGAGGGCCGGCCGCGCGGGCGGCAGCGGCGGCGGCGGAGCCACCCUUCUACAAAGAUGUGUGGCAGGUAGUCGUCAAACCCAGGGGGCUGGGGCACAGAAAAGAGCUGAGCGGCGUGUUCCGGCUGUGCCUGACCGACGAGGAGGUCGUGUUCGUGAGGCUCAACACCGAAGUGGCUAGCGUGGUCGUCCAGCUCCUGAGCAUCCGUCGCUGCGGGCACUCGGAGCAGUAUUUCUUCUUGGAAGUCGGCAGGUCCACGGUCAUCGGUCCGGGAGAGCUCUGGAUGCAGGUGGAUGACUGUGUCGUGGCCCAAAACAUGCACGAGCUCUUUUUGGAGAAGAUGAGAGCCCUGAGUGCCGACGACUACAGAGCCCGCUGCCGCAGCUACAGCAUCAGCAUCGGUGCCCACCUGUUAACCCUGCUGUCCGCUAGGAGGCACCUGGGCUUCCUGCCGCUCGAGCCCGGCGGCUGGCUCAGGAGGUCCCGCGUUGAGCAGUUUUGCCACCUCCGGGCCAUCGGUGACGGGGAAGCCGAGAUGCUCGUCACCAGGCGCUUCGUGACACCCAGCGAGCCCGUGCCCCCCUGCAGGCGAGGAAGACUGUACCUGCCCAGAGCGCGCAGGUCCAGGAGAGCGAUUUCCAUGCCAGCGAGGUUUUUUCGCCGGUUACCAGCCAGCCAGGUACGUGCCCCGCACCGUGAAGCAGCCGCUAGCGACAGAGCUUGCCUGUCUGCUGAAGCUGCUGGCUCUGGCUCUAGCAACUCUGCGGAGGAAGGCAAUCCCCAGAGCAAAGAGGGUCAGGAGGGAAGUGGAGACGACUACAUGCCCAUGAACAGCUGGGGCUCAGGAAACGGCCGAGGCUCGGGAGGUGGGCAUGGCUCAAGUGGCCAAGGCUCCAGCAGUCAGACCUCCGGAGGAAACCAGUGCUCUGGCGGGGGCCAGGGAUCCGGAGGCGGCCAGGGCUCAAGUCGCCGGCAGGGCUCUGGAGGUGGCCAGGGCUCAGGAGGAAACCAGUGCUCCAGAGACGGACGCGGCACUACCGGUGGGCAUGGCUCCGGCGGUGGCCGGGGAGCCGGAGGUGGGCAAGGCUCCGGCGGUGGUCAAGGACCUGGUGAUGGCCAUGGCUGGGGCAGAGGCAAGAACUCUGAAGGGGACAAGGGCUCAGGACGUGGGAAAGGUUCCAAUGGUGAUGGUGACCGUGGAAAAUCUCUGAAGAAAAGAUCCUACUUUGGCAAAUUAACUCAAAGCAAGCAAAUGCCACCACCUCCAGCGCCGCCGCCGCCGCCUCCACCCCCAGCAGCUGGGGCAGCUGUUGCCAAGGGAAAGUCUGGAGGAAGAUUCCGACUUUAUUUUUGUGCUGACAGAGGAGCCACAAAAGAACGCAAAGAAGCCAAAGAACUGAAAGACCUGGAGACCCCAGUAGGUGCUGCUCGGGGUCUCCACAGAGCAAGAGCUUUUGAUGAAGAUGAGGAUUACGUGUACAUGCCAAUGAGGCCCGGGGUGGCUGCCUCUCUGGCAGGCUCCAAUGAUUAUAUGCCCAUGGCUCCUCAGAACGUCUCUGCUUCACGAAAGCACCACUCUCGCCUACCUUUUGAAGAUGCCAGAGGGUACAUGAUGAUGUUUCCCCGAGAGAGCCCGCCACCUGCCCCAAGUCCUCCCAAGGCGGCCGAUCCCAAUAAAGAAGGUGACUCAAAGGGUGAUGGGGACAGUGACUACAUGUUUAUGGCUCCUGGGGCCGGUGCAAUUCCAAAAAACCCCAAAAAUCCGCAGGGUGGCGCUUCCUCGAAAAGUUGGAGCUCCUACUUCUCUCUGCCAAAUGCUUUUCGGAGUUCAUCCUUGGGACAGAGUGACCACAGUGAGUAUGUGCCAAUGUUACCUGGAAAGUUCCUGGGAAGGGGCCCGGACAAAGAAGUGUCUUCUAACUGGGGCCCCCAAGACACAGGUCCAACACCUUCAGUUGAGGGGUCACACUCAAAGCCUAGAAAUGGGGGGGCACCCUUAAAGCCUUCAGAUGAUGGGCCCCCAAAGAAUAAGGCUAAGAGACCUAACCGACUCUCUCUUAUGAUAAAAGGGAAUACAAUGAAGCCCAAACUGCAAAAGCCCAGGAGGGAGCAGAGACAAGCUGACUACGUCAACGUUGACUUCAGUGAAAGAGUUCGCAAUAUGCCAGCCCCUUCUACUCAAGGACUGCCAGGUUCGUGGGGUGCGAUUGCUAAUCCCAGACACUCACUCUUUUCUAAUUACCUGAAUGUUGAGUUCGGAGUGCCAUUUCCAAACCCAGCAAACACCCUCUCAGAUCUCUUCUUAAGGGCUAUGCCAGGUGCCAACCCCUUCUCUCUGGACGGUGCUAGGUGGCCACUUCCUCUUCUUCCUCUCAGGGCCACGGGUAGCAAAGCUCAUGGGGAAGAGGGGGACUGCAUCCAAGUGAUUUUCAAUCCAGCGAUGACACCAGCCGUGCCUUUUGCUGACAGUGCCAUUCGCUAUGAUGCUGAAACAGGUCGAAUCUAUGUGGUCGACCCAUUUUCGGAGUGCUGUAUGGACAUUUCACGCUCCCCUAGCCGAUGCUCUGACCCCCAUCCUGUAGCUAGGCUGCUGCAGGAAGAAGAGCACGGAAGAAGACACCCACCGAGCCGUUCGCAAACUUUCUUUGCAGCCGCCAGAACCGCAGUGUCGGCUUUUCCAACUGACAGCCUCGACAGAGACCUUUCUGCCUCCUCAGCCUCGGCCGCUGCUUGGGCAGCAGCGCCAACCUUAGCCGUGGGCCGGGCGUUAGCUGCAGCCUCGGCGCUCGCCGCUGCCCCGGGCAUCGGCGCAGCCGCCGCCAGCUUCGAGGCCGCCGCUGCGUUUGACUCCGCCUCCGGCCGCUGGUUCCAACCUGUUGUUGCUGCUGCUGCCGCCGCCUCCGCCGCCGCCGCCGCCGCCGCCGCCGCCGCCGCCGCUGCCGCCGCUGCGGAUGCCGAGGCGCUAAUGGGGAUGCAAGACGUUGCCGGUGGCUCGAGCCCUGGAGCCCCAAACCCAUCCGCAGACCUUGUCAGAGGCGAGAAUGGGGCGGGCCGGGCCGCCACUCCCCCACGGCCACUUCGCCGUCGCUGGGUCCGGAGACCCCCGGAGAGAGAAGAUUCUGACAGUGACAACUUUUACCUGAGAAUGGGCCUUGUCAAACCUGACUACAAGAAGUUUAACUCUCCCAAAAGAGGUUGGUAA